UCAUCGCUGGCUUUGCCUUUCAUCAGUUUCUUCUCAGAGUUCACGUCGUUCGGUCGGUUUUUUCGGAAGCAAAUUCGCGAGCUGGCUUUCUGGUGGAGCAAAAAACGCGUACCAAGUGGAGUUUUCCACCUUCUCCACACGACCAGUAGCAGCGGCCAUCAUCAUCUGGGCAGUGAAAUUUAUUAUAAACCAACAAAAGCAAGUGGGGGGGCAGCGGAAUUUGCUCGGAUCGAUCCGCGGGCCAGGAAAAUUUUUGUUUUGUGAUAUGGCUGCAGCAGAUUGGUUUUGAGAAAUUAGUGUUUGUUGCAGUAAGUGCGAGUAAUUUGGGCGUCGAGGAGUGUGUUGAGCGAAAAAGUUUCGUAUGCUGUUCAAUGUUACCGAAAGCCUUUGUGUGAAUUUUGGCCUGGAGUUUAUUGUGUAAAAGUUUUGUGUGUUUGAUUUUUUUUUUUUCUACAACCCGUUUCUCGUGCGGAGGUGACACGAGGAACAAUUUUUCGGUUCCUAAAGGGCGUCGAUUCAAAGUGCGCCGUUCCGGAUUGCUACAAUCAUGACCUUCCGGUGGCGAUCUUUUGUUUUCACCACCAUUUUGGUGCUAGGAGUGCUGAAAUUGACCUUAGCGCAGUCCACAACGCCGGAUACGGGUGGAGGUGGUGGAAAAGAGGGUGUCGGGGACAGUGAUACGGGUGGUGGUCAGUGCAUCUGGUAUGGGGUGUGUAAUUAUGACAAAAUAGAGCAGAACUAUCAGUACUGCAACUAUAGUGGACCGGCAAAGCCGAUCGAGUCCAAAACCCGGGAGCUGUUGCAGGUUUGGUGCAAGCAUCUUCUGGACGAUGAAGACGGUGACGGAAUCGUCGAAACGUGCUGUGACGCACAACAGGUAAGAUUUGUCGAAAAAUUUUGUCAGGGUGGGUUUUCUGAUUGCCUUCUAAUAUUAACCGUACAUCAGGAAGCUUCCAUGCAGUAUCAAAGGUCAAUUUUAAUCCAAAUUGUCUCAACUCAGCUUUCAGUUAAAAUUUUCUCCGAUAAGCUGAAAGUGUUGCCUAGUAAUGAGUCAUUCAAACCUAACCUCAAACAACAAUUUUUGCUAGUUUUAGAGCUCCUAGACUGUAUAGCCGGUACCGAGGCUAUGGGACAGAUGAUUUCUGAUGAACGACAAAACUUAUGAAAUACCCUAUUUCAAACAAAUUCCAACGUUUGAAUCCUAUACCAUGUCUGCUCGUGGCAAGGUCCCGAGUGUAUCAAAGAAGGUAUUUGCUAGUUGUUUUGUAUAAAAUAUAAUGAUUUGUAAAAAUUCUGCUCCUGAGGAAAAAACAACAAUUUUCAAAACGAAA